AUGCUUAACUGCAACCCUGCGCCUACUCCUGUCGACACGAAGGCCAAGCUCUCCGCCAGUGAUGGGUCGCUGGCGUCCGACGCGCCGUUCUACCGCUCCAUCGUUGGUGCUCUUCAGUACUUGACGCUGACGCGACCGGAGCUCCAGUACGCCGUGCAGCAGGUGUGCUUGCACAUGCAUGCUCCUCGGGAUGCUCAUUGGGUCACGGUGAAGCAGAUUCUCCGCUACAUAUGUGGUACCAUGGGCUACGGCUUGUCGUUGCAUGCUUCGCCCUCGACGUCGACUGACCUUGUCGCCUACUCGGACGCAGACUGGGCGGGUUGCCUGGAUACGCGCCGCUCCACCAGCGGCUACUGCGUCUACCUCGGCUCGUCGCUCGUCUCUUGGUCCUCCAAGAGGCAGCCCACCGUGUCUCGCUGA